GAAGCGCGGACUGACAGCAGGGGGUGAGCCCUACGAAGAGACUGGGCGGGGACUCCAGAAAAUGGCUGCUGCAGUAACCGCUGCGAGAGUAGGCCGAGUGCUGCGCGCGGCUCCUUAUUAUGGGCAGCCUCGGGGGUCGCGCGGCAGAGGGAGGCUGCUGUGUCCGGCGAGCUGCGGAGGGGCCGCACCGGCGGUGGCCGUGGCCGCUGCUUCUAGCCAGCCGGGCACUGGCGAAGAGGAGCGCUACUGCAUGGAAUUGGUGCGGAAACGCGACUAUGAAGGCUUCCUCUGUUCAUUACUACUGCCGGCAGAAUCACGCUCUUCUGUUUUUGCCCUGAGAGCUUUCAAUAUUGAACUGGCUCAGAUUAAAGAUGCAGUAACUCAGAAGACUAUUGGGUUAAUGCGUAUAGAGUUUUGGAGGAAAGCUGUAGAAGAAAUUUAUCGUGAUAAUGCACCACAACAGCCUGUCGCUAGAGAGCUGUGGAAGGCUAUCAAGAGACAAAACCUGACCAAAAAGUGGCUUAUGAAGAUUAUUGAUGAACGGGAAAAAAAUUUGGAUGAUAGAGCAUAUCGGAAUAUCAAUGAACUGGAAGCAUACGCAGAAAACACUCAGAGUUCACUCCUUUAUCUCAUGUUGGAAACACUUGGUGUGAAGGAUAUCCAUGCUGACCAUGCUGCCAGUCACAUUGGGAAGGCACAAGGCAUUGUAACCUGCUUAAGAGCAACUCCAUACCAUGCUAGCAGAGGAAAGGUGUUUCUGCCUAUGGACAUAUGUAUGCUGCACAAUGUUUCGCAAGAGGAUUUCAUAAGGCAUAAACAGGAGCAAAAAGUGAAAGAUGUAAUGUAUGACGUUGCCAGUCAGGCACAUGUUCAUCUGGAACAUGCUCGGUCCUUCAGAAAGAAUGUUCCUGUUAAAGCUUUUCCUGCCUUUUUUCACACAGUUGCUCUUGAGGAUUAUUUAAAUAAAAUACAGAAAGCUGAUUUCAAUGUAUUUCAUCCAAGUUUGCAUAGAAUAAGUCCUUUAUUACCUCUGCAGUUAUAUAUUAGGUCCUGGAAGAAAACGUAUUAAAGAGUCUUUAAUCUAA